GUCCAACCCGAUGCUAUGCUACCACCGGCGCCGGACCGGAAAAGGCGACCACCACCCAUGGAGCAAACCGAUGCAGGAGACGGCGCUCCGCAGCAGCGCCAGCGCCAGAAGAAAUCCUCCGCCGCCAAGAAGGCCAAGAAGGGCGGCGCCACCGGCAGCGGCAGCGGCAGCGGCAGCGGCGGGGCAUGGCCGGCGAUAAAGCCCAAGAAGCAUCUCCAGGUCAAUCGCCUCAAGGGCACCCAGCUCCUCACUGUCCCUGACUUCCUCACAUCAGCUGAGGCGAAGGCUUUCGUCGACGUCGCUGAAUCCAUGGGAUUCACGCACCAGGGCAGCCUUGGGCCACUCAAGGGGGAGGCUUACAGAGAUAACGACCGGAUAUCUGUCACUGACCCCUUGCUCGCUCAAACGCUCUGGGAAUCAGGGAUAAACAGGAUAUUCAUGGACCUCAACAUCUCUGGCAAAGUAGCAACCGGCUUGAACCCAAAUAUCAGGCUUUACAGGUACGUUGAAGGUCAGCGCUUUGGUAGGCAUAUCGAUGAGAGUGUCAACCUUGGAGACGGUUCGAGGACGCAGUAUACGUUGCUGGUAUACCUUUCUGGCAAGGGAAGUGCAAAAGAUUCACAGGCUCUUGUUGGAGGGGAGACUGUCUUUUAUGAUCACCGAGGUGGAAUUGUUGCUGAGGUUGCUCCCGUGCAAGGAAUGGCUCUACUCCAUCUACAUGGUGCCAGGUGCAUGCUGCACGAAGCUCGCGUUGUGAAAAAGAACGUCAAAUACGUGCUCCGUUCAGACGUCGUGUUUGCUUAGCUGAAGUACUUCCAACACAGUUCCAGACCAAGGGCCAACAGGUUCGCCUUUUUGUGAUAUGUGUGAAAAACAAAAGCCCCAAAGGGUACAAUUGAGAGGUAGUUGUUGCAAUAUUGGUAAUGCCGACCUGCUUUAUAAAAAAUGGUGUUCUAUCAUGCACCGUUGUAUAAGAGUUAGCUUGCUGCAGUGCUGGAAAUUCUCAAAAACAUUCUACCAUUUGUCAUCAUGGAGAUGCUUUACUUUA